AGAAUAAACUCUGCUAUUCUUCAGCUAUUCUCUCACAAUGGUAAGGAAAGCAAUAAUACUCUUCCUCCACACUCAAAUGAUGCAGGUUCCAACCCCGCUCACAGAGAAAGAGAAGAUGCUAGCCAACUAUGUUCCAGUCUUUGUGAGGCUCCCAUUGGGUGUAAUAACAGCCAAUAACAGAUUCGAGAAGCCAGAAGAACUCAGGAAGCAGCUCAAGCAACUGCGAGAAGCAAAAGUCGAUGGUGUGAUGAUCGACGUCUGGUGGGGGAUUAUAGAAGCUACAGGUCCAAAAAUAUAUGAAUGGGGUGCAAGGCAGCUGUUUCAGAUGGUUAAGGAAGAAGGAUUGAAGUUGCAAGCCAUUAUGUCGUUCCAUCAAUGCGGAGGGAAUAUAGGAGAUAAAGUUGAUAUUCCCAUACCGCAAUGGGUUCGGGAUAUUGGGGUAAAGGACCCGGGUAUCUUCUACACAAACAGAAAGGGGACGAGGGAUCAGGAGUACCUUAGCAUGGAAGUAGAUAAUCAGCCGAUUUUCAAAGGUCAAACAGCUGUGCAGCUUUACAGCAAUUUCAUGAAGAGCUUCAGAAAAAACAUGACAGAUUUCUUGGAUGGCAGUCUCAUUACGGAUAUAGAGGUAGGACUCGGCCCUGCAGGAGAGAUGAGGUAUCCAUCGUAUCCUUGGAACCAAGGAUGGGUUUUCCCAGGCAUUGGGGAGUUCCAAGUCUCCGGCAUACACUGGUGGUAUAGAGUUCCCAAUCAUGCAGCAGAGCUAACCGCAGGAUACUACAAUUUAAAUGAUCGAGAUGGAUAUAGAACAAUUGCACGAAUGCUAAAAAGGCAUGAAGCUAUUUUGAACUUCACCUGUGUUGAGAUGAGAAAUUCUGAGCAAAGCGAGAAUGCAAAGAGUGCGCCCGAGGAACUUGUUCAGCAGGUGCUAAGUGCGGCUUGGAGAGAGGGCAUUGAAGCAGCAUGUGAAAAUGCCCUUAAUCAAUAUGAUAGGAAGGCAUAUAACCAGAUAUUGAAGAAUGCAAGACCAAACGGUGUAAAUAGAAAUGGGCCUCCAAAGUUAAGGAUCUCUGCAAUGACCUAUCUCCGACUAUCAGACGAGCUAUUGAAACCAAAGAAUUUCAGAAUUUUCAAAAUCUUUGUGAGGAAAAUGCAUGCUGACCAGGAUUAUUGCCCAGAUCCACGGAAGUACUUCAAACCCAUCAAGCCUUUGGAAAGGUCAAAGCCAAAGAUACCAAUUGAGAAGAUUUUGGAAGCAUCAGAAAUGCUGAAGCCAUACCCAUUUGAUCCAGAAACAGAUAUGAGUGUCGGUGGUGACAUAGCUGACUUCAUCGACGGAAUAUUCGACAAAAUAUUCUACAAAAUAACUUCAAUACUAAACUAA